ACCUAACCAAGCAGUUAAAGUGUUAAACUCAGACGAGAGAGAGAGAGAGAGAGAGAGAAAGGGCCAAUACAGGAUCAUGAAAGAGAUUCAGGGUGAAGAAGCAUCCCAGACACAGCCAAAUUCAGACAAUGGGUAGGAAAGUGGGAUGGGAAAAAGGGUUUUAACUCUUGCUUCUUUUUUUCCACUUUUGGAUUUACUCUUUGAUUAUCAUUUACUGAUGAAUGAAUAAAUAAAAAGUAUCUCCUCCUGCUGGUUUCCUUUUCAAUUGAAGUGCCGCAUGUUGGGUUCUUUAGUGUUUGUGAAUGAACCUCAUCACCAUCCAAACAGCUUAGCUUCUGGGGGUGUUUUCAUUGUUGGAGUUAAUAGUUUUAACAAUGUCACAUAAGAGACCCCAAGAAGAUAGUACUAAGGGUCGACCCUCAGAAGCCUUUACUCCUGAUCAGGAUAAACGGAGAAGGGUUCCUACAUUGAGAAAUGUGGUUCAGGAGGUGAUGAAGUUGCAAUCAGUCCAGCAUUUGCUGGAGCCAGUUUUGGAGCCAUUAAUUCGUAGGGUGGUCAAAGAGGAAGUUGAAGUGGCUUUUAGAAAGCAUUUGAACAAUAUGAAAAGGAAUGGAGGGAAGGAUGUAAAUUCUACAUCAAGAAGCUUACAACUCCAAUUCUUAAAUAAUCUCUCUCUUCCCGUGUUCACUGGAACUCGAAUUGAAGCAGAAGAAUGUUCUGCCAUUAAGGUGGCCAUAGUCGAUUCUCUUACUGGACAAAUAGUUUCCUCUGGCCCUGAGUCUUCUGCCAAAGUAGAGGUUGUGGUUCUUGAGGGAGAUUUUGAUGGUGAUGAGGGGGACAAUUGGACACUUGAAGAGUUUAAGAAUAACAUUGUAAGAGAGAGAGAAGGAAAGAAACCUCUUCUUGCUGGAGACGCAUUUCUAACUCUUACCAGGGGAAUUGGAUUAGUGGGUGAAAUUUCGUUCUCGGAUAAUUCAAGCUGGACAAGAAGCCGUCGAUUCAGACUUGGUGCCAGAGUUGUUGAUGGCUCCGAUGGAACUAGAGUAAGAGAAGCAAAGACGGAAUCCUUCAUUGUCAGGGAUCAUCGUGGUGAAUUAUACAAGAAGCACCAUCCUCCAUCUCUUUCUGAUGAAGUGUGGAGAUUAGAGAAAAUUGGCAAAGAUGGGGCUUUCCAUAAGCGCUUGAGUCGGGAAAAUAUCAACUGUGUAAAGGAUUUCUUGACCAUGCUCUUCAUAGAUCCUCCAAGGUUGCGCCAUAUCCUUGGCACAGGUAUGUCUGCCAAGAUGUGGGAAGUCACGGUGGAGCAUGCUCGAACAUGUGUGCUUGAUAAGAAGAUGCACUUGUACUGCCCUCCUGGUUCUCAACAGAAAUCUGGUGUGGUCUUCAACAUUGUUGGACAAGUGAUGGGUCUACUUUCGGAAUGCCAAUAUAAUACAAUUGAUAAGCUGUCUGAAACUGAGAAGAUUGAAGCCCAAAACUUGGUAAUUUCUGCAUUGCAACACUGGGAAGAAGUUGUUUCAUUCGAUGAUGAAGCCUCACUGACAAGCUCAGUCAAAAGGGAGAUUUCUAAUGGUACCAAGUAUUUGGCUUCUCAAGAGAUACGUGGAUUUGAUUAUGCACAACCAAGUGCUUCUUCUCCAGAUAUCAUUUCAACCAUCUAUUCAGUUGGGGGUUUGAGCGGCUUAGACGAUUAUGCGCUGCAUGGAUAUGAGCAAGCAUUGAGUUAUCCUGGCCAAGUCACUAAUUCCCUGAUCUGCGACACAGAUAUUACUCAGACUUUCUGUGAUGAAGAUCACCUUCGGUAUUUCGAUAGUGAUCUUCAACCCCAGAGCCUUGGUUUGGAAUCACAAGCGGAUCUACAAACUGCGGUUGACGGUUUCCUUUUGCAGCGUACUGUUGCUGUUCAAGCACAGAGGAGAUGGACUAAGAUUUUCAGUGUGCUGAAAUGGUUCUCCAUUAAAAGAAGAGUUAAAGAAAAAUUCCGAGGUCUUCAAAUAUAGCCAUGGAUUGCCGUAUUUUUACGGGUUCCUUUGUUUUUGUGGAUUUCAGAAAAUGCAACCCGUAAUAUCAUAUUAAA